AUGACGACUUCCCAAGCAGCUUAUAUGGUUGAGCGGGCCGUUGGACACGACCAGGAGUACAUCAAGCAGGAUGUUGCGAAUUACAAUUUAGUAGGGGACUCGAGUGAGACGAUGAAGGCAUUGGUAUGGCAGGGGAAACAAAAGGUUCAGGUCGUCGAUGUUGCGAAACCAAAGAUUCUCGAGGACCGGGACGCGAUUCUCAAGGUGACUGGGACGACUGUCUGUGGUAGUGACCUCCACUUACUCCACGGAGCUAUCAUUCAGCUUGCCAAAGGCGAUAUCCUCGGCCACGAAUUUUGUGGUGUGGUCGACCAAGUUGGACCUGGGGUCAAGAACAUUCAGGUUGGCAAGCGAUAUGUUGCGGCGUUCCAGAUCACCUGUGGAGAGUGCUUCUAUUGCAAGCAAAAGCUUUCCUCGCAAUGUGAAAGGACGAACUCCAACAAGACUGCCAAGGCCAUGUAUGGGUCAAGGACGGCCGGCCUGUUUGGCUACUCGCAUUUUACUGGCGGCUUUGCCGGUGGCCAAGCUGAGUAUGUUCGGGUGCCGAUAGCGGAUGCCAAUUUGUUAGAGAUCCCGGACGCUGUUCCAGACGAGAAGGCACUGUAUCUCUCUGAUGUUCUCCCCACUUCCUACAACGCAGUGAAAGACACCGCCGUUUACCCCGACGACCAUGUCGCGAUCUUUGGUGCUGGCCCCAUCGGACAAAUGGCUGGAGUGUUUGCUCUCGGCGAAGGCGCGAGCAAGGUCAUUUUCGUUGACACGGAGCCUAGACUGUCCGCCCUUUCCAACCGAUGGCCAGCCGAGCACAAAGCAAAGCUGGAACUUUUGGACUACAAGAAGCUGAGCUUUGGUGUGACUACCAAAGACACAGUAGUCAGCAAGCUGAAGGGGUUGUGCAAUGGACGCGGCCCAGAUGUGGCAAUCGAGUGUGCGGCGGGCGAGUACGCGAAGGGGUGGAUGCAUUGGUUGGAGAUGUCACUAGGUGCCGAGACGGACACGAGCGAAAUCCUCAACGAGAUGAUUGAAGGUGUCCGGAAUUAUGGACGCGCCGGGGUGACUGGCGUUUAUGUCGGAUACACUAAUCACCUCAAUGUCGGCUCCUUGAUGCAACGUGGUAUCCGGCUUAUUGGUAACGGGCAGGCUCCCGUCAUGAAGUACUGGGAGGAGUUGCUGGCCGCGAUUCAGGAGGGCCAGCUGGAUCCCACCCAGAUGCUGUCGCACCGGUUUCGAUUGGAGGACAUUGAUAAGGUUUACUACAAGUUCGACGCCAAGGAGGACAACAUUCAGAAGGUCUUCGUUGAGACCAAAUUUUCGGCCCCCAGGGCUGAAGGUACCCCUCAGCUGACCGUGUGUUAA